UAGACUUACAUUUAUGUUCAAAGUGCAAUGUGGAAAUGUACCUCAUUAUGUUUCAACAAUUUUUGACAAAUACAAAAAAACAAAUAUCAGAGAUGUUCGUAAUGUAAUACCUUUUCAAGUUCCACUACGUCGCUCAAGAAUACGCUCUAGAUCUCCCACCUUCUUGUGUAUGACUGAGUUCAACGGAUUGAGCUCCAAGAUUAGAAACUGUGAUACAAUCAAGACUUUUAAGAAUAAUAUUAGUCAAUUGUUCUUAAAUAAUGAUAUUAUAUUGGCAUCAGAGUUGGGCAUUAAUAGGGCUGACGAGAUAUAUUUGAAUAGAAUAAGAGUUGACCUCAUAUUUAAUGCUCACCUUCAUGCCCAUAACUUUGUCAAUGUAAACUCACCUGAAUGUAUAUGUGGUGACAAAAGUGAAACAACAAAACAUGUAAUAUUUUCUUGUCCUAUUCGACAACCAUUCUACAUAAGCUUUGAACAGAAGCUUUUUGAUUUACUUCCGAACUACAGGCAUUUAUGCAAAAAUAGACAAGAUAAACUUGACUUAUUUCUCUUUGGUCACCCAUCUCUUUCUCUUAGUAAGAACCAUGAAAUACUUGCAUCCAGUGCUCUGUUUAUCAGACAGUGUUUCGAAAGACCCCAGGCAGUUUAAGCCUUUUACCAUUUAGGCUUACAAUUUUUAUUUUUUACCCCUUUAUAUAAGUAUUCUAGAUGUGGCUAAUAAUGCUUUAAGCCCAGCCGCAGGACUAUAUUGUACUGUUAUAUUAUAUAAAUGAAUAA